AUGCGCUUCCGUCAGAGCGUGGUGCUUUUUGGCAUGAACCUGAACUCGUCUUCCCUCGGAGAACAGGAGAACAAGGCGCUGGAAGGGUCUGCAUCGGCCCUGGCUGACAUUCCGCCAUACGCAGUUAAUUGUCUGAUGACGGCGCUUGCCAGGUCGUCGUGCUCGCCCGGUGACAUGCAGUGCAUCUGCGACAACGAGACGACCAAUAACGAAGCAGGCCAGUGUAUCCUGCAGUCAUGCUCGUUCCCCCAAGCGCUCGCCGCCAAGAACGUCAUGUCCAAGGCCUGCAAUGUCUCCAUCCGAGACAAGUCUGCCCAGUUCAGCACGAUGGCCAUCUCGCUCGGGACCGUCGCUGCCUUACUUGUCCUGGCACGGGUUGUCUUCAAGCGAUUCUUUAGCACGAUUAUGGCGCUCACCCCGGAUGACCAGGUCAUUGCCAUCACGCUCGUUGUACGCGUAGCCGGCAUCGUUAUUAGUGAACGAGGAAUAGCCCGUAACGGUCUGGGCAAGGACAUUUGGACCGUGCCGCUGGCCGAGUUGACGGCCUUUGGUGCCUUUUUCUUGGUCAAUCAGGUGCUAUACUUUGUUCAGCUCUCCCUCAUCAAGCUCAGCUUAUCAUUAUUCUUUCUAGCCAUUUUCCCCGGGAAACCCGUUCGUCGAUUGCUUCUAGGUACAGCGAUAUUCAACGGAGUCUUCGGCUUAACCUUUGUUCUGGCGACAAUCUUCCAGUGCAGUCCAGUCAGUUACUUUUGGACUCAGUACGGCGGAUCGACGACGGGACGUUGUAUCAACACCAACGCGCUUGGUUGGACCAAUGCCGCAAUUAGCAUUACCGUCGACUUGUGGCUGAUCUGUCUUCCUCUGAGCAAAAUCAUGAAGAUAAAUCUAGAGUGGAAGCAGAAGCUAGGCGUUCUCGCUAUGUUCUUGAUAGGGACAUUUGUCACCGUUAUCUCCAUCCUGCGACUUCAGUUCCUCAUCACUUUCGCCAACUCGAGCAACCCAACGUAUGACCAGUUCAACAUUAUCUACUGGUCCACCAUCGAGCUCAACGUCGGGAUGAUCUGCACGUCUCUUCCGAGUCUGCGGCUACUCUUGGUGCGACUGGUCCCGGCCUUCGGAUCGAACACCGUACACAACAGCGAGAGGUCGUAUGACGGAGACUCAUACCAGCUGUCCAGUAGCAGACGGACGAAAGAACCCCGUGAGCUCUCGGUUCUGGAACUCGAUAGUGUGCACCCGUGGCAGCGGAUUAGUGGAGAUCCAGGCCAUCCAGGGCCGGAGGACGUUAGAUAG